AAUAAUAUUAUGGUUGAUAACAAAGUGAUGAAAAUACACAGACAAUGGCAUUCAAUCUUAGGUGAAAAAAUAUCUUUGAUUGAAUCCUACCAUUAUGUUAAGCUUAGUAAAAUUUUUCCACUUCCAAAAUUACCGGCUUCUAGAAAAUAUGAGACUGUAAUCGAAGUUCUUCCUUUCAUCCGGCAGAAAGUUAAGAUGUGGGGAGCUGAUGUUCUUAGAGCAGAAAAUAUUAAAACAUUGAUCGAGGAAGAAGAUGAGGAGUUUUUUGAUGUAGAAUCAAUGGACGAGGACCAGGAUUUUCGGCAAUAUAAAAAUAAAUUGUCUCGAUUCGAUUGCAUUGCUAGUUUGCUUGCCUCUUCUGAAAGUAUCGUAGCUCAGGACAUUUUUCGAAUUUUAUCACAAUUUCCAAUUGCAUUUCCCUUGAUAAUACCUGGAUUAGUUGAUGCGGAUACAUUUAAAGUGAUGCUUCCUUUGCUUAUCGGCCCGGUGAUCAAAUGGGAAACGAAACCUGGAACGAUAAUUGAAAACCACCUUUUCAGUGAUCCGUUCAAAAUGAUUGUCACCGUCCGGAUAGGAGAAAACUCUCCGGGAAAAAGCACGAUUCUUAAUCAGUUGAUGACUUCAGAUUCUAUGUUUUCUUCAAGCUGUGAGCCAAGAGCAGAAUAUGGGAUUCCACAUAUGGUCAGUGGGAGCGUCGAGUUUACUUGGUUAACCCAAGAAACUUGUGGCGUGGGUCUAUGGAAUGAUGUAUUUGAAAAUUACUACAAGGAAGGGGCAAAAGAAAUUGUGUUGCUUGCAAAUUUACAUGGCGAUGCCUUGGAUUAUCCGAAUCAAAUUCGAUUUUUAAAGCAAUUUCCAUCUAGUUUCUUGGUUUUUUUAAUGCCUGGGUAUACUGACGACCAAGUUGAUAAAUUUGAGAACAUAGUUGGUUUCAAUAAAGUUGUAUAUUGCUGGGUGAAUCACAAGAAGAAAAAGUAUGCAAUCGAUACCAAACUAUUAAUGAAAGAUCAAACGUUAAAAAAAGUGCGUCUAAUGUUCAAAGAUGCCUUAGAUUUUACUUCAUCAUUCAACGCUAAUAGUUUAAAGCUGGGAGAUACACUUCAUUUUGCUGAAGGUAUCGAACUUCCAGAGUCUCAGCUUUUGAUAAAAUUUGUUGAAGAUAAAACUUGUCGUCAUAUUAAGUUAAAAGUUAUGCAGCUUCAAAGAAAGCAACCCGACAACGGUCUUCAAAUUUGGCAAGUUAACGUUGAAUUGCAAGGUCUAAUAUUUUUGUAUAUUGACAUUCUAAAUCUACCUCUCGGGAAAAGAAUGCGAGCUCUAGCACACCUUGAAAGAGAAGUAUCCAGGCUCUCUAUGAUAGAAUCCUCUGAAGCUCGGAAUAAGGCUGUAUUGAAAAGAGAAGAAUUACUAAAAUCCAGUUUAGUCAAUAGGAAUCAAGGAAGUGAGGAAAGAAUUCGAAGAGAAAUUGCAAAAAUUUGGGAAGAAGUUGAUAAUAUGAGUUUAGGUAUGGAGCACUUUUUCCGCGAAUUGGGUAGAAUCUAUGGCAUUUUUUCCGUUCAUGAUCAAUCGCACGAUAUUGUUGUGAAGAUGCCAAAACUUUAUGCUGAACUGCUGAUUAGCGGUCACGCUAUAGAGUUGCUUGAUGGUGACGCUGGCGCUAUAUCUGAAGCCUGGUUCUCGGCCAUUUGUCACUGCAUUUAUGAAAAAUUUCCUAAGCUUCGAAUUUUCGUGAUCAGCAUUCUUGGUCUACAAUCAUCAGGAAAGUCAACUCUCUUGAACGCCCUUUUUGCAUGUAGAUUUGCAGUUUCUGUCGGGCGUUGUACUAGAGGUCUAUUUAUGCGACUGUUAUUCUUGGAAAAAAAUUUAUCAGAUCAACUCGGUGUUGACGCAUUUGUCUUGAUUGAUACUGAAGGUCUUGGUGCGCCAGAAAAGAUGGAUGAUCCGGAAUCAGAAAAGAAAGACCGUAUCUUAGCAACUUUUGCAAUGGGUGUAAGCAAUUUAACCAUUCUCAAUGUACUUGGAGAAUCGACUCGAGAAUUAACUGAGAUCUUGCAGAUAGCAAUUGUGACAAUGGCUCGUCUUGAAAAAACUGAGAUGACACCUGACAUUCUUAUGGUACAACAUGUAUCUGAACGUAAUGUUGCAAAAUUGUCGGAGCCUGAAGCAAAAUUCCGAAUAGCUCUGCAAGAGGCUUUGAAAGUGGUCGAAGAACAAGACAUUGAAAUGGGAAUUUUAAAUUCAAAUUGUCUUCAUAUUCUUGAUGAAAGAAUUAAAAAAGGUCAGCUACUUAAACAAUUUCGACCAUUUAAAAAUGGUGCAACUGCUUAUGCCCCACCUUCAGAGCAAUAUCACGAGGAUGUUGUCAAUUUAUAUGAAUCUAUACUUGCUGAUUGUAAAAAUUCACGAAGAAAAAUUGAAUUUUCUGAAUGGAAUUCAUUAAUUCAAGGUUAUUGGCGAGCAGUUUCCCUUGAAAAUUUUGCUGUUCAUUUCAAGAAUAUAAAAGUAAUUUAUGAAUUUAUUGAUCUUGGCAAACUAAUCACCAAGACGAAAGAAGUCAUUAGUCGGGCGUUCCUAAAGCAUGAGGAAAAGAUUAUGCAAGAAAUUCGAUCCAAGUUUCAGAAUUGGUCUCCUGAUGACAGGGCAAACGAAAAUUUACGUCUCCGAAAUGAAUGUUUGAAGUUGAUUGAAUCGGGGCUAGAAGAUGUACUAAAUUGUGAUAAUAACUCCAAUUGUGAAGAAUGUAAAAAGGCAAAUAAAGAAAGGGUUGAACUGGAAGAUUACCUUAAGGAGAAAAAUAAUGAAAAAACUGAAACGGAAACUAAACAAACCAUUGAAAAUUAUAUCAAACUUAAUCGUCAAUCUGUAUCUGAUAAACUUACUCGAAUGCUUUCAGCCAUCAUUAUCCGAAAAGGUCUGUCAUCUGAAUCUCUUGAAAUAAUCAACAUGCAUUUAGAAAAUUUCAUAAUAAAUAUGCCAAGUAGAGGUUUGCCUGAUCAUGAGCGUAAACGAAACAUUGAAGAAUUAUGGAAUGCACUGCGGUCUAAUAUAUCAUCAAAAGAUAAGGCUACACCGGUAGAGAGACUAAUAGAUGAUGAGAUCAAAUAUUAUUAUAAUCUAUUGCCAAAUGAUCUUCAUAAUAAAUACAAAAAUGUAAUCUGUCCAGAUUUAUCUAAGUGUAGAGCAUAUAAAUUUUGGAGCCAUAAGUUACUCUCUCAAUAUUUGGAAGAGAAAGACAUCCAUGAUCUUCAAGGAAAGCUUGAUACUUUAGCCGAUCUAAUCUACAAAGAUAAAACUUCUCAACAUAUUUAUCCUGGAAUUGUAAAUGAUCUCAAAAAAGUAAUAGACAUGACGAUCGUCAAUUUUCAAAAAACUCGUAGCAACUUUGAGUCUGAUUUCAAAUGGAAUGUUCAUUUAUAUGCUUUGUUAAAGUUUAAACCAAAAAUGAAGAAAUUUCAAGACGACUGGGAAAAGGAAAAUAGUCCACUUGGCAUACUUGAUCAAAAGAAAGAAGAGUACUUAAAGAUCAUUGAUACUCAGCUUCAAUAUGGACAUUCGCUUGUUUCUGAGGGUCAUACUGUUGGAGACUAUUUAUUGAGAGUUAUUCAUAAAAAAGCAAUGAAGGCGGGGAACUCUGAACGUGUAAGAGCGGUCAAUGACAUAGCUUGGAUGACUAAUUCAGAAACAGUUAGACUCAAAUAUUUUGUGGAACUUGCCGAACAAGUUCAAAAAGGUGAUAAAGAAGCAGCUAUAUCUCACUUUUUAAGUCCUGAAUUAUCUAUAAAAAAUUGGUUUGUACGUACCGUUAAUAGAAAUAAAAGUGGAAACCCAGUACGAAAAUACAAAGAGACAUUUAAUGCAGAAUUCGAACGAGUUCUUCAGGAAAUUUGUAACUGUAAAAAUUUUGAGGAAAUCAAAGUUUACGUAAAUAAUUAUAUGACACAAGUUGAUAAAGUGGACUAUAAGUUGGAUCUUAAGCAUACCCUAAUUAAAGACGGAAGCUUCAAAUUAUUCCAACGUAUAAUCAAGAAAGAGCUUGAAAAUAAAGGGGAUGGACGUUAUUCAAACCCCGAACCUUUUCAAGACCCAUCUGACGAUAAAUCAAUUAUGAAAAGACUCGGAUGUACGGAGACAUGUUAUUGGUGCGGGGCUUUGUGCUGGGGAUCUCGAGACCAUCAUGAAAAUAGCGACAUGACGAAAGUUCAUCAUACUAGCCAUCAACCCCGUGGUCUUUCUGGAAAAAAAAAUAAAGCUACACUUGAGCUUAGGGCAGUGCCAUGUCAUAAAAUGACGGAUGAUUUGUAUGUGUGGUAUCAUGGUAAGAUGUAUGCAACUACAUGGGGUAACGCAAAAGCUCGAGAUUUUUCAGAUUGGAAAUUCGAAGCUCACUGCAAUGGAGUUUUUAAUGACCUUAUGUGCUGGUUUUUUGAAAAGUUGCAUCAUAAUUUGGCAGCUAAAUGGGAUUGUAAACCAGCACCUUCUAAGGAAAUGAGAGAUCACG